AUGUAUGUCACCACUAGAAACCUUGGAAUUGACCUUUAUAGGAGUAGAAGAAGGCAGGACAGAAGAGCAUACAUAGUUAUGAAGAUGAGCAAGAGGAUGAGAAGACCUAGAACUCCUCCUAAGAGGAGGAGUGGACAAGUACUAAGGGAGGUGAUAUCAGAUGUAUCAGUUGAAAUUAACAAAAUUGAAAAAGACUAUGAAAACAUUUGCACAAUUGAUGAAGUUACGCAAGCAGAAUGUGAAUGUUGUGGUCUUCGAGAGGAUUGCACACAAGAUUACAUAGAAAGAAUCAAGGAUUCUUUUUCAGGAAAAUGGGUAUGCGGCCUUUGUUCUGAGGCUGUAAAAGAUGGACUAAAACGGGGAUCACCAGUAGCAAUUGAAGAAGCUGUGAGUUCACAUACUAAGUUCUGCCAAGAGUUCAAUAGUUCAACAAGACUCAACCCAAAGCUAUCUUUCACUAUGUCAAUGAGAAACAUUGCAAGGAGAAGCCAUGAAAACAAGGAGAAGAAUCAAUAUCCUACAAUGGCCAAGAUUUCUAGAAGUUCUAGUUGUGUUCCAACAAUUGACUUUACAAUGUAA